AAUGCCAUUGUUGACAGGAAACGACCAGACGCUAUUCUUGAUGUGCCAAAGUUGUAUCAGGGUCAUUGAAUUCAUCCAUGUUGUCUUGUUUACCUGAAAUAAGAUGGAACUGUGGCACAUUUAAUGAAAACUUUGUUGGAACUGGAAAACUCCUGAAAUUUUGCCUUAUUUUGCCGCUAAAUAGCAUCUGAAUUUGUGUGUGAGGGUAAACAAUGGAACAACUACAGCAACCGCAAGGCAUACCACACUUAGUGCAAGUUUACCAGCCCUCCGUAUCAAACACAAAGCUAUCAAACCCUCAGAUCAUCCACAUCUCCCACCCAUCAUUACCAACGUCACAAGGAAAAGUCACGUACCAACAAACAAUAACAUCUGAAUCAAUUCAUAUACCUGUAACAUCUCACCAUGUCACCGAAAUACAGAGCCAGAUACAAAUGUCACAGAACCAGAUUGUCAUGUCAUGUCAGCAAGGACUGCAGAGUAUCCAGACUCUGCAGGGGCCAGUCCAGUCUCACGUGCUGCAGAGUGACAUGACCCAGUCUCUGCAGAUUGCGUCGCAUAUGAUUCUGCCGCAGCACAUGUUGGCAGGAGUGCAGUCAUACUACAGGCAUUAUGAGUACCCUAAGGAACAGUGUGUACUUGCUAAGUUGGAACCUGAGAUACAAAUACCUGAGAAGGAGAAUGAGUGUGAGACAGACACAUCUCAAAUUGAACCUGAGCCUCAAAAGAAGAGGUCACGCAGCCAAAUUCCAGAUCCCACAACAUGGGCUUGCAAUGUUCGUAAGCUAAAGCACCAACGUGGUGAGGCCUACAUCAGCCGACGAGGCAAGUUUGUGCCCGAGAGACAAAUACGUAACACUAAAGACUGUGUCAAAAACUGCAAGUUCAAAUGCAAUGAAAAAGUGUCUGAUGAUGACCGAGAACACAUCUUCAAAGCAUUUUAUUCCCUCAAUGCCCAUGAAAAGAAAUAUUUCCUACUAAACACUACUGAAAGAUCUUACAUUAAACAUAAUAAAAUGGCCAACAAUCAUAAAAGAAAAUAUACUUUCAAAUAUUUCUUCCAUGUAAAGUCUGAUAGGCAUACGGUUUGCAAGAAUUUUUAUUUAGGAACUCUAGCUAUAUCACAGAAGCCUGUUUAUAAUGUCCAUAUGGGGAAAACAGACUUGAAUAUGCCUAAGCCUGAUGGUAGAGGGCAUUCUAAAGCCAGCACUCAUUCUCUACCUUCAGAGUCCAAAGACAGAGUAAGAAAGCACAUACAGUCUUACACAACGGUUGAAUCAAAACCGGUAAUACAGUUCUCAAAGAAAAAGCAGUACUUAGAUCCCAGUUUGAGUGUCAAACACAUGUACAAUAUAUAUUUUAGUGAGUGUAAUAAAGAGAAUAUAGUGCCUGUAAAGGAAUCUAUGUACAGGAAAAUAUUUCGGCAAGAGUUUAACUUACAUUUUAGGAAGAUUAAGACUGAACAGACUUUGUGUGGUCGAUGUAAGAGUACUAUUAAGAAGAAAUGAUGGAGACUAGGAAUCUUAUGGGAAAGAUUGAUGGAGAAGACUGUCUAGCUCAAGCUAGGUUUGGCAGAAUGCUAAAUGAGUGUGUCAGUACAUCUGAUUGGUG